UCUGUCACCUGCACACCAAACACAUGUGAAAUACACAUGUAGUUUAUCUCGACCUUUUUUCGGAAAAAACAACAUUGUUUCACCAUUUGGUUGAAGUUUUAUUUAGAAAAUUGGUAGAAAAUAUGGCAAUUAGUGAGCAAAAGCGAUUAUUUAUUGGAAAUCUUCCACCCGACAUUCAAGAUAAUGAACUCAAGCAGGAGUUUUCUUAUUACGGGGCUGUGGAUAAAAUUGAAAUCAAACAUAAAAAAGGACCGGAUUCCGAUGAAGUGCAAAAUACAUUCGCUUUCGUCACAAUUGGAAUCGAUGAUCGAACGUUGCAGCAAUGUCUUCAAGAGUUUAAAGAGCAACAAUUUCGUGGUCGAUUCAUACAAGUCACCGUUGCCCGUGAGAAUUUUUUGGAAAAACUAAAACGAGAACGUGAAGAAGCUGCACAACACAAACCGAAGAAAGAUGAAUCGACUAAAGUCCAAACGGAAACAGUCAAAGCAGUGCUUCCAACCAUUUCAACGGGCAAUUCGUCGAGUUCAGAAAGUAGUAGCUCUGAUGAUAGCAGCGAAGACGAGAGUCCACCAACACAAAGCAAGCCAGUUGCCAAGCAAAAUGGAUCGAAAAAAUUUAAAUCAUCGUCUGAAAGCGAGUCCGACUCCAAUGAAAACGAAGACAAUUUGGUGCUGAGGAAAAAGUCAAGGAUUUUCCUCGAAAAUGGCAAGAUCAAAAUCGACCGCUCAGUGUCCAGUGGUGAAGCAAUUCACGUUAUCGAAUCGAAAGCAAAAAAAGCGGUCAAGAAAGAACUAGACGAAAAAUCCAAGAAAGCCGACCAAAAACGACUUGAAUCGUUGAACAAGAUGAAAAAUUCAUACAAUGAACAGAAGUUAGCCAUUAAAAAAGCGUUGGCUGGAGUUGAUACGGCGAAGAGAAGCAAUAAAAUCGUGUUCGGCGAUGAUGACGAUGAAGGUACUGCCGUUUCAGUUACACCACAGUCAACGAAAGCAUUAACUCAGACAAAAAUAAAAGAGAAAUUCUCAAACGAAAAGAAACCAGCGCUGUUUGACGAUGCAGAAGACAGUGAUGAUGAGAAAGGGUUUGAGGGAAAUUUCGCAAUAAAACAGCAGUUCGAAGGCAAAAAGGGCGAGAAACUGAGGAGAUUGCAGGAUCGAUUCCAAGGUGAUAGCCGUUUCAAAAUGGAUUCAAAGUUCAUGGAAGAUGGCAGCGAUGAGAGUGAAACGGAAGGUGGAACGUCUAAACAAAGGGAUCAAAAGUCUGUGGCGAAAAGCAGUAAUGAUAUUGAAACGAAUGAAACAGACGAGCGUCAAUGGCAAUUGGAUAUUUUGGAAAAGGUCAUGGGCAAAAAAAUAUCUGGCAAUACGCCGAGAGAAACACAGAAAAAAGCACCACUUUCAAUGUUACGUUUCGAUCCAACUCGAGCUGAGCACACAAAGUUCGUUGAGCCAAAAGUCAAGAAACGAAAGUCUAAAGUAAACAAUGAACCUGAAUCAAAGCGACUGAAGACGGAAGAAGAUCACGAAGAAUAUGCGGAACCAGAAAAUAAUGAGCCACCUGUUUCGAUGGACCAUUUCUACGAAGUCAGAGGUGAUCUGAAAAAGUCGAUGGGUACGGGUGGAUUUAGUUUGUUGAGCAUGUUCAACAGGCCAGCUGAAAAUGCAGAUUCAACAUCAGCCGCUGAUAAGCCAUAUGAAGAGAAAUUAAUUGCUAAGAACGGUGUAAAAUUCCUAGCCGAUUUCGAUCCGUUCAAAUAUGACUCGUCCGAAGAUGAAGCAAAUGAUGAUAAAAAGAAAAGCAACAAUGAAUCGAAAUCAGAGAGUGAUAGCAAAAAAUUAAACCUUAAAUAUGAAUCAUUUUUCCCAUUGAAUUCGUCCGAUGAACGUGUAUCAGAGGGAUUAGCAUUUUUCAAACCACCCGAAGCAGCCGAGAAUGAUGAAACAAAUUCAAACGAAUACAAUGACGCACAGAGACAGGAAUUGAAGAACAUAGUUAAGCGAAAGAUUAAGAAAUCCAUUCAAAACGCGCUACCUCGAAAUGCAAAGCCGAACAAGCGGUUCAAGAGGUUCGCCAAGAAUCUGUAGAAAUUUAUUGUUAUCAAUAUCUCCUUUUUUUUAAAUUAAAGGCCUAUCUGCACUUCGAGUGACAAAAAUUUGAAAUUACAAAAUGUGUUUUUUUUCGUACAUUCGUCCAUAAAGAGUACUAUAUUUUGGACACAAAACAUUUAUCUCGGUGUAUAUAGUACGAACAAACUAGUUUUGUAGUUUAAAAUUUAUCUUUGUCAUUCGAGGUGCAGUUAGAUUAAAAGGACUUUUGUAAAGUAUCUUGACGAUAUGUCGUUUUUUUUCAUUUUUAACAUAAGUCAUGGAGUUGUUUUAAAAUAUUCUAUUUUCAAAUGCACCAAUAAUCGUUGAAAUUCGGUCGGCAAUAAAUAAACGUUGUUGCUCCAUUAUUAUUAGUAAA